UCGGAAUAUGGAGAAUUAGAGUAUCCGGAGAGAACCAAAAUGGUUUAGUGCAUUAUUGCAUUUGAUCACGUAAUAUCUCACGUGAUUGCUGAGCGCAGAUCACGGGACUGCGCUCAGCCCUGGAGCAAUUUUGGGGUGUCUCGCUAAGCGUCCCGUUUCGGGUUAGGGCGAGCCGCGCCGAACACACCUCGCAAAUUGGUAGUAUUGUGCGUCGUCGUCUCAUACUCAACCCUAGCGACGACAACCACGACAACCCGGACGACUUCAGCGGGUCAUUUCUGACUUCCUUCGACUUGUUUGUGUUGCUCAGAAAAUCCGUCACAAUGCCUUCGGAACACGGUCACAGACUUUACGUUAAGGGUCGCCACCUGAGCUACCAGCGCUCUAAGCGUGCUGUCAACCCCAACACAAGUCUGAUCAAGAUCGACGGUGUUGACAACACUGAGGCCGCCAACUUCUACCUGGGCAAGAAGGUCGCUUUCGUCUACCGGGCCAAGCGUGAGGUCCGGGGUUCCAACAUCCGAGUGAUCUGGGGCAAGGUUACCCGGCCACACGGCAACUCUGGUGUUGUUCGCGCACAGUUCCGCCACAACCUCCCCCCCAAGUCCCUCGGUGCCACCGUUCGCGUUAUGCUCUACCCCUCCAACAUCUAAACGACCCGCUGUUUGUUAUAUGUUAGUGGCAACUCCGGAAUCUUUGCGCAGACGGACAGGCAAGGAGUCAACGGGAUAAGCCCGGGCUUGAGAUGGAGUUAGUGGGUUGAUAAUGUUCGUGGGAGAGGCAGGGCCGCUCAGCCCUACGAAUCAAAAAUAAAAAAGAAAAAUGGGAACUCUUGUCUACUUUACAACCUGGUUAUUUGCUAUCUUUAUAGACACUCAGACG